GCUCUAAUGGUUUUGCUGGGCACAUAUGUUCUUCUUCUCAUUGGAAUUUCCAGGAAGGCAUACAAAUUUCUCAUCCCACAUAUAUUUUUCUGUUUUUCCACCAUAUUCGUUCUAAUUAUCGAUACAUAUAUCGAAAUUUUACGAACAGCUGGUACGCGAGAUGCAGUCGAAUCAUACCAAAUAAUAUUCAUUGCCAAUAAUUUAUUCGUAAUAAUUAUGGAUCUUUAUCUACUCAUUAUAUCAUGGCGCACAUUUACCUAUAUUUGCGAUUUCAAUAUGGCACUUAGUUUGGAGAUACCGCCUCAGUCUUCUCGUUAUAAUGAAGUUAUAAAACUAAAAACCUUGCUGCCAUAA